AUGUCCCUCGUGUUAACAAGCCUCGCUCGGCUCUCGAGCCGCGUGAUCGACUUCGCGUUCGACCGGUGGCUUCGGAAUCCGCAGUCCUUCUUAACGGACAUGAGCACGCUUUCCUUAAUCCUUUCGUGUAGGCUUAAACACAUUCCCAUAUCCAACCAACUCCGUUUGGUCUUCAAUUAUCCGUCAGCCGAAUCUUUAAGCGACUCGUUGUGGAAGGAUAAAUUCGUCAAGGCCGAGGCCGCGAGACUCAACCCCGGGAUGGCUCGAACCUCACGGCCGUUGCGCGUGCUGGCCAAGCUCGUUCGCGCGCUUAUUCAAGGGCUGAGGCUCGAGCACGAUUCCCGAGUUUCUGUCGGUUAUGCUGAUCAUCGAAAAUUAUUGAUAGGGAAAACCGAACCGGUGGUUCUACCAGGAUGCGGUGAGAAUGGAAGCCGGGAACUUGUUGAUAAUCCAAAGAAACUAUGGGGCAUGGGGUUCCAUACGGAGCAUUUGGAAAAGCUGGUUUGGGAUUUGACGUUGAUUAAUUCGGAAUACGACAAUGCAUUCUAUCGUGGAAAUGGAAAGAUUGCUAUCGAUGUCGAGAUGCUUCACUUAGCUUAUAAAGACGAGGAAUUAGCUGCCGCUUUAGCACACGAGAUUGGGCAUGGAGUGGCAAUGCAUAUCGAAGGGCACCCAAAUUUUGCGUUUUGGCUCUUUCUCCUAAUUCCGUGGACUUCAUCAUCCUUUUGGGCCCCGGUAAUAUUAUUGCGCGUAUGUGACUUGAUGCUUUACAUGCGCCGAAGGAAUGAACUCGAAGCAUGGUACAUUGGGCUUAUGUUGAUGGCCUCGGCUGGUUACGACCCUAGGCUUGUGCCGGACUUUGUCAAGAAAAUGGAAAUCGAGAAGGAUGACGAUAAGUAUCUAUUGGACACGACUCACCCUUGUGUCGGGCGAGUAGCUGAGAUGCUGAGCCAAGAGACGGUGAUGGAUAAGGCGGUCGAAAUAUACGAGAAAGUUCGGGCCGGAGGCCAAGUACCGAGCUUUGUUGAGGGAGGGGAAAGAAAUUUUUGCAGCAAGCUUUUCAACCCUUUUUCAGUUACUCAGUUUUUUUCCGAAUUUAAACGAGCUGAGAAAUAG